AUGUCGCUGGAAAUCCCGAAAACUUUCAAGAAGGCGGUCUUUGAAAGUAAUGGAGCUGCAGCGAAAUACGUUGAUGGAACCAUCCCCGAGAUCGGACACGAUGAAGCUUUGGUAAAAGUGUUGUAUGCUGGCGUUUGCCAUACGGAUUUAGCAGUCUUACACGAUGAGCUUCCAUGGCAAACUCCGUAUCCGUAUGUGGGAGGACAUGAAGGCUCAGGAGUUGUGGUCAAGGUAAGCCGUUUACUCCACCAAAAGUCCGAUAAAUUCCCACUUUUGUCUCAGCACAAACCUGACAUUUUUUUCAGUAACCUUAAAUUUUUAUUCCAAAAAAUAUUUCUAUUUGUUUUUUAAAUAUUUUUCUCCUUUUCUCCUGGCCGUCGCUGCUUCUUUUCUACUGGAAAGAUAAUCUUUUCUUCGUUAAACAUACCAUAUAUAAUUCAGGUCGGCGCCGGCGUAACCCACGUGAAGCCCGGCUCCAAAGUCGGCAUCCGAAUGGUGAAUGGAAUGUGUAAUCAAUGCGAGAGCUGUCUGAACAACCGCGAAUACAUUUGCAUCAACCAAAAGAUGGUCGGCAUCUUCCUCAGCGGCACCUUCGAACAAUACACUGCCCUCAAAGCCCAGGAUCUCCUCCCACUUCCCGAAAACAUUGAUCUCGCCGCCGCGGCGCCGAUUAUGUGCGCUGGAGUCACGGCGUAUCGUGCGCUGAAGAAGACCAACCCGGUGGUCGGCCAAUUUGCCGCCAUUAUUGGUGCCGGCGGGGGAGUGGGCUCGUUCGCUGUGCAAUACGCUAAAGCACUGGGAUUGCGAGUUGUGGCGAUAGAUCACCCGUCGAAGCGAGAGCAUUGCCUCAAAAUCGGCGCUGAAGUUUUCAUCGACGGCUUUAGUGAGAAGAUUGUGGAAGAAGUUCAGACGGCGACCGCUGGCGGCGCUCAUGUUGUUAUCAAUUUCACGGCAAGUCCCAAGGCAGUCAACACAGCGACGCAAUAUGUUAGAGCUGCCGGAACAAUCGUGUUAGUUGGUGCGAUGGAUGAGAAGGUAGGCGAUUUUUGAUGCUUUUAUAAUUCUUCAAGGGGUUUCAACAAAUACCCGCAGAAAGUUUUUGCGAAUAUCUUUGUGCUCCUUGGAGCUAUCCAAGAAGCUUAAAUUAAUUUUAAAAUCUAAGUUGGGUGAUUUUGGAAGAGACAAAAUAAUUUUUCUUAUGUCGGCAGAGAGACUAGUUUUCGGCGGAGACAUUUGACCGCCUUUUAAAAAAUUAUAUCUCGUUAGAAAUCCCAGAAAUCUUACCUACGGCUUAAACUAGGCUUGUUACUUCUGUUACAAUAUAAUCUGUUAGAUUAUGUAACUUGGUGGAUGUUUCACACAUCGGCGAAGGCUUGGUGACUCUUUUUAACACCUUGUAAAUAAAUUUUGCCACUGAGGUGAUGCUAGACCAAUAUUUCUUUUUUAGAAAGGCACCACAGCCCUCAGUCUGGACAAUAAUCUGAUUGCCACCCGUUGCCUUACUGUUACCGGCUCUAUGACUGGAACGCGACAAGACACAAAGGAAGCCCUUGAUCUGUCUGCUCGAGGGGUUGUAAAAAUCCCCAUCGAAGUUAGACCCUUUAGUGCGUUGGAUGAAGCACUACACAGUUUGAAGAACAGCGCUGUCGCCGGAAGAGUUGUGCUGGACUUGUGGAAGUGA